ACUCACAAUGUGUGUGUGCUGGGAGCGGUGACUCCCCGUGUCUCCAUGGUAACGCGGCUAGCUGUGCGCCCAGACAGUGAGCUGUACAGAGGCCGGCGCGGUGUACACAGCCGGGACCCCGGGAACCCCAUUCCGUGGAUACUUUUUACUACAAUCAUACUGGGAUGUAUGACCGUGCGCCGAGAACGUUUGCUGUUACUUUGGGCAGCACUCAGGAAAAUGUGGGCCCAGGAACAUAUGACUUGGCCAUUGUCAAGACCUACAAGCCAGGUGGAUAUGCCCCAUUUCUGUCAGUGUCAAAGCGGGAUUUUGUCUUCAACGCGCCACAGACGGUCUCUGUCGCUCCUGGACCAGGACACUAUGAAAUAUCCAAUUUAAAGGAAAAGGUGAAAGGAGGACAAACUGUUCAGAACAAAGAGAAGCGUUUUCAAGAGACUACAUUCCCUUCGCCUGGACCCGGUGCUUAUGAUCUGCAGGUUGGGCUGGAUAUGGAUGAAAGAAAGAAGACAUCUUCAACAUCUGUAAAAAGAGUUCCCAGCCAUUCUAAAAAGCCGAGGAACAGUGGCGCCCCAUCCAUCCCCACACCAGGGCAAGCCUUUGGCUUUGAAGAGACUGCAGAUGGCGCACUUGUCAGACAAAGUCCACCUGCCAUGGACAAUACUUUGGGACCUGCCUACUAUGAACUCUCAAAUAAUGAACCAUAUGCAACUCUGAAAUACCGUGGUGUGCACUUUGGAAAGUACUCAGGAAAACGUACUGAAUUUCAGAAGUGUGAUGGACCUGGGCCUGGGGAAUACGACAUAGAUCAGGAAAGUGCACUGCAUUAUGAGAAUGUCAACUCCAAGAAGGAAGACAAGAAAAAAUAUGAGCCAUUCAUUCCACGCUAUCACGAAGUAAUCGUAUUACAGGAAGAGAAGAAGGGUUUCCCUGGACCAGGAAAAUAUGAGAUUACACGUCAGUUUGAUACAGCAAACAGGCUGACCAAGUCUGCUGAUGUUCCUCGACCACCAUUUCUUUCUCUGGCAAAGCGAUUUCUACCUGUGAAAUCAAUCACCCCAGCCCCAGGCGCCUAUAAUGAACAGCGUACAGCAUUUGAGUCUUUGAAGAAAACAUCAAGCAUGGCACAAAUACCAUUUGGUUAUAAGGCAGUGCGCUUUUUACAAGACUCAAGAUUGCAGAAAACACCAGGUCCAGGCUGUUAUGACUUAUUUAGUUAUGGCAUUGUGAGCGAGAGUCUGAAGAGAGAAAGCCUGGAGAGCUCAAAAAGGGGAGCAUUUGGAUCCUCUUCUACACGUGCCUUGUCCAUCUCCAACAGCAAUGCAGUGUGGACUCCAGGACCCAGUCACUACAUGGUGAAAGACAGAAGUGAAGAGCCAUACAAAUGUCAAACAUCUUCUGUUUUUUCAUCUGGAACAGAAAGGCUUAGCAUUCAAAUGGGUUCAAAGGAUGUCCCACCUCCUGGUUCCUACAAUGUGAGUGAAUCAUAUGAAUAUCUGCAUGCCAAGGGCAAAUAUAGGCCACCCAGGACUGUCCAAGCCAAGAGAAAGCAAUCUUUCCUUAGUGGGGUUCCCAGAAACCUUGCCCUGCAGAAUGACUCUCACGUACCAGGGCCUGGAGCCUAUAAUCCAGUCAUGAAACCAGUCAUUCAAACUCCAUCUUCUGUUCCCAAAGAAGAACGUUUUAAAGACCCAAAAGAAGUUACACCUGGUCCUGGAUCAUAUGAGCUGAGCCCAGUAUUUAGAGAUACGGUGCUAAAAGGAACAUUUAAUGCAACUCUACCAAACCCAUUGCUGAACCAAGUGGAAGGCCCUUCACGGAAGGACAUAGCAGAUAAACAGCCAUUUUCUCUAAGUGUCUGACACUGUUUAAA